AUGACCAAGCUUGGCAUCGAGGCAAGGCAGGUGGAGCCGACCCGGAUGGUGUUCCACGGCAUCGUGCCAGGUCUCUCCUGCUCCCCGAUCGGCUGGAUCCGGCUUGACGUCCUGUUCGGCACCAGCGACCACUUCUGGUGCGAGCCCAUCUGGUUUGAGGUGGUGGACCUGUCCAUCCCUUACCACGCGCUGCUAGGUCGGCCCGCGCUGGCGAUGUUUAUGGCGGUUCCCCACUACGCCUACUUGAAGAUGAAGAUGUCGGGUCCCAAGGGCCUCAUCACUAUUGCCGGUGACUACAAGAAAUCCCUGGAGUGCGCUCGAGCCAUCGCCAAGUUGACCGAGUCGCUGGUCAUAGCUGAGAAGUGGCGCCAACUCGACCGGAUCGUGGCGCUGGCCGGCGAGCAGCAGGCUAUGCCGGCUCCGGCCAGGGAGUCGGUUGGCGAGGUCUCAUUCCAGCCGUCUAAGGACACCAAGAAGAUCCCGCUCAACCGGGCCAACCCCAACUGCAGCCAACACGUGGUUGUGGGCACCCACCUCAGCCGCAAAUAG